UCAGCCAUCACGUGUCCAAUUUCGUGACGGUUUUCUGGCUAGAUAUGACGCUGUCAGCACCUGCGUGCAUCGGGGCGAUAAGGGGUGUGAAGUGUGCACGAAUUAUGCCUUAAAUGGUUUCACAGAUUCAAUACAACGUCACUUCAUCCCGGCGGGCCAAUCGUAAGGAUCAUACCAGAAAAAAGAAGAAGCAAGUUACUGAACAAAAUAAAAUGGAUGUGAGAAUAACUGUUGCCUUAUUUUUGCUUGGCGGUAUUCUUGAAGCUGCUGGUAAAUGUAACACACCAAUGGAAGUUGCUGUUGUGAUUGAUGCCUCUGAUACUUUAUCCCCCAGGAAUAUACCUGAAGUAAAAAGCUUUCUAAAAAGACUGGCAGCAACAUUUAAGGUGGCACCACAUGCAUCUCACAUGUCAGUAAUUUUGGCAGGGGCUCGCGUUAAUGUCGCUAUAGAUUUAUUAAAGAUCGGUGCAAGUGUGAGGACAUUUUCUAAUGCUGUCGAUACGUCUAUAAAAGCGUUAGGAGGGGAUUCGAGUUUAGAUAGAGGACUAAGUUUAGUGAAGGAUGAGGUCUUCACAGUUAAAAAUGGUGCACGGAACUUUCUACCACUGAUUGUGGUGGUUUUGACCAACGGACGGCAGAAAGACAGUGGAGUCUUAGAAGACAAAGCUAAGGAGCUUCUUGAUAUGAAUGUUCACGUCUCUGUUGUUGGCGUGGGGGAUGACAUCUCACGUGAUGAACUUAAGCUGAUGGUCAGAAAUGAAAGUGAAUAUCUUUAUCAGGUUGAAUCCUUUAAAGAUUUGGAUGCCUUAGCUGUAGAUGUCGGGAAAGACAUUUGUAAUAUAGACCAUCUUGGUUCUCUCGCUAUUUGUCAAUCUACAUUGGAUAUUGGUUUUAUUGUUGAUUCCUCUGGAAGUAUAAACCAUGCAGGAUACCUGAAUAUAAAAAAUUUUAUGAAAAGUAUUGCAGUAUACAUGGGAUUCAAACCUGGCUUGACGCACAUUGGAGUGGUAUUGUAUAGUAAAAAAGCAGAAUUACAUACGGGUUUCGCUAAGCAUUCGAACGUCAGAAGACUAUUUCAAAUGCUGUGGAAAAUUCCUCAUCAUAAGGACGUAACCCGCAUUGACCUAGGACUUCAUGUUGCCAAUACCGAACUGUUUACUACGAAAGCCGGUAUGCGAAAGAAUGCGAAGAAAAUAGCGAUUUUGUUUACGGAUGGAGAACAGACAACCCAAGGUGUCACUGAUUUAAUACCACUCCGUGAAGCAUCGAACAGACUGAGAGAACGAGGUAUUAUCGUAUACGCUGUCGGUAUUGGAGAUUCAGUUAAAAGAAAACAACUUUUGGAUAUCGCUGGUGACGAGGGGCAUGUAAUAGAGUUAAGCUCGUUCAGUGAAUUACAAGAAAGUGCAGCUAAAAUUGCAGCAUCAACCUGCCAAGCCGCAGAUCCACCCGUGAUUAACUUUACUCAAUCCGUCUACGAGACGAGUGAAGACAAGAAAGCAGUUGUUAGUAUAAUUGUCACAAAGAAUAGAGUGAUUGCUCCAAUCACCGUAAGCAUUCAUCCAAGCCCAGUUACAGCCGACAGUAGUGAUUUUCUUGCCAUCGUUCAGAAUGUGACAUUCCAACCAGGCGAAACGCAAAAAACAAUUGCCUUUGACCUCGUGAACGACCGUCGUGUUGAAGCUGAAGAGAGUUUUUUCGUAUCAUUAUCGUCGGUUUCACGAGCGAUAUUAGGAGAACCGUCAUCAGUGAACAUCAUUGAUGAUGACGUCGUCCUUAAUUUCACUCAACGUGUUUACACCGUGAAGGAAAAUGAAAGAAAGGCAAAAGUUGGAAUUUAUGUAUCAGACGGUGCUGUAUCCAAACCAUUGACUGUACGGGUAACUCCACAAUCAGAUACGGCUGACAGACAAGAUUUUGACUAUGCUACAAAAGACGUUACAUUCCAACCAGGGGAAACCAAGACUAAAUUUGUUGAAAUUGGUCUGGAUGAUGAUCGUAAUGUUGAACCAUCAGAGAGAUUUACUCUUUCUCUCUCAUCAAAAUCACGCGCAGUUCUUGGGAGGCCUUCAUCUGUGAUAAUCCAAGAUGAUGACGUUGUCAUAAAUUUUACUCGGCCCUCAUACAGCGCAAGAGAGAGUGAAGAAAAAGUUAAAAUAGGUGUUUUAGUGACCAAUGGUUACGUCUCUGACGUGGUGACAAUAAGAAUAAUUCCAUUAAUAACAAGAUUAGAUUCCGCUAGUACCGAUGAUUUUGACGAUACUGUCCAAGACGUUACAUUUCAACCUGGUGAAAGUGGUCCAAAAUUUGUCGAAAUUGGCUUGGUUAAUGAUAACGAUGAUGAGCCAACAGAACGAUUUACUGUUUCUCUCUCGUCAAAUUCACGUGCAAUUCUAGGAGAACCUACUUCUGUUAACAUACAAGAUGAUGACGUUCCACCUCCUCCAGUCAUCAGUUUUACACAGCCUGCAUAUAAUGCGUCAGAAAGUGGUAAUGCUGUUGUUGGAAUUUUUGUUGAAAGAGAAAAAAUCACUGAACCUGUCACUGUAAGGAUAACUCCAGGGUCAGAUACGGCUGAUGGAAAUGAUUUUGAUAGGACCGUCAAAGAAAUUACUUUUCAACCAGGUGAAACAGGUCCAAAACCGGUUGAAAUUAUCUUGUUUAAUGAUAACGAUGAUGAGCCAACAGAACGAUUUACUGUUUCUCUCUCGUCAAAUUCACGUGCAAUUUUGGGAAAACCUUCCUUUGUUUAUAUUGAAGAUGAUGACGUUCCACCUCCUCCAGUCAUCAGUUUUACACAGCCUGCAUAUAAUGCGUCAGAAAGUGGUAAUGCUGUUGUUGGAAUUUUUGUUGAAAGAGAAAAAAUCACUGAACCUGUCACUGUAAGGAUAACUCCAGGCUCAGAUACGGCUGAUGGAAAUGAUUUUGAUAGGACCGUCAAAGAAAUUACUUUUCGACCAGGUGAAACAGGUCCAAAACCGGUUGAAAUUAUCUUGUUUAAUGAUAACGAUGAUGAGCCAACAGAACGAUUUACUGUUUCUCUCUCGUCAAAUUCACGUGCAUUUUUGGGAGAACCUUCCUUUGUUUAUAUUGAAGAUGAUGACGUUCCACCUCCUCCAGUCAUCAGUUUUACACAGCCUGCAUAUAAUGCGUCAGAAAGUGGUAAUGCUGUUGUUGGUAUUUUUGUUGAAAAAGAAAAAAUUACUGAACCUGUUACUGUAAGGAUAACUCCAAGGUCAGAUACGGCUGGUGGAAAUGAUUUUGAUAGGACUGUCAAAGAAAUUACUUUUCAACCAGGUGAAACAGGCCCAAAACCGGUUGAAAUUGAUUUGUUUAAUGACAACGAUGAUGAGCCAACAGAACGAUUUACUGUUUCUCUCUCGUCAAAUUCACGUGCAAUUUUGGGAAAACCUUCCUUUGUUUAUAUUGAAGAUGAUGACGUUCCACCUCCUCCAGUCAUCAGUUUUACACAGCCUGCAUAUAAUGCGUCAGAAAGUGGUAAUGCUGUUGUUGGAAUUUUUGUUGAAAGAGAAAAAAUCACUGAACCUGUCACUGUAAGGAUAACUCCAGGAUCAGAUACGGCUGGCGAAAAUGAUUUUGAUAGGACCGUCAAAGAAAUUACUUUUCGACCAGGUGAAACAGGUCCAAAACCGGUUGAAAUUAUCUUGUUUAAUGAUAACGAUGAUGAGCCAACAGAACGAUUUACGGUUUCUCUCUCGUCAAAUUCACGUGCAAUUUUGGGAGAACCUUCCUUUGUUUAUAUUGAAGAUGAUGACGUUCCACCUCCUCCAGUCAUCAGUUUUACACAGCCUGUAUAUAAUGCGUCAGAAAGUGGUAAUGCUGUUGUUGGAAUUUUUGUUGAAAAAGAAAAAAUCACUGAGCCUGUUACUGUAAGGAUAAUUCCAGGAUCAGAUACAGCUGGUGGAAAUGAUUUUGAUAGGACCGUCAAAGAAAUUACUUUUCGACCAGGUGAAACAGGUCCAAAACCAGUUGAAAUUAUCUUGUUUAAUGAUGACGAUGAUGAACCAACAGAACGAUUUACGGUUUCUCUCUCGUCAAAUUCACGUGCAAUUUUGGGAGAACCUUCCUUUGUUUAUAUUGAAGAUGAUGACGUUCCACCUCCUCCAGUCAUCAGUUUUACACAGCCUGCAUAUAAUGCGUCAGAAAGUGGUAAUGCUGUUGUUGGUAUUUUUGUUGAAAAAGAAAAAAUUACUGAACCUGUCACUGUAAGGAUAACUCCAGAAUCAGAUACGGCUGGUGGAAAUGAUUUUGAUAGGACCGUCAAAGAAAUUAUUUUUCGACCAGGUGAAACAGGUCCAAAACCGGUUGAAAUUGAUUUGUUUAAUGAUAAUGAUGAUGAGCCAACAGAACGAUUUACUGUUUCUCUCUCGUCAAAUUCACGUGCAAUUUUGGGAGAACCUUCCUUUGUUUAUAUUGAAGAUGAUGACGUGGCUCCAAUUUGUGGUACACCACGUGAUGAUUGUCAUAAACAUGCUCUAUGUACAGAUGUGAGCCCUGGGGAAUAUAAAUGUGUUUGCAACCCUGGGUAUGCCGGAGAUGGAAAGUUUUGCGAAGUCAUAGGGUUCAGGUUUACAAAAAAAGUGUACGAUGUCAAGGAAUAUCAAAAAGUCGUUGUUGGGGUUGAAUUAGCGUCAGGUGAAAUAAGUGAACCUGUUACUGUCGAAAUAAAGACAAUACAAGGAACUGCUGAUGAUAGUGAUUUCAGUCCAGUUACCACGUAUGUGACAUUCGAACCUGAUGAAAAAGUUAAAAGUAAAACAAUAGUAAUUGAUUUGAUUGAUGAUGAUGUCGAGGAACCGACCGAAGAAUUUACCGUCAGGCUAUCCUCGCCGAUGCACGUAGCGGUUAGCCAGCCAUCCAGAGUUCGGAUAGAAGACGAUGAUGACGCUGAAAUUUGUGACAUGGAUGUUGGUUUUCUACUCGACUCUACUGCAAGCAUGCGAAACUGUAAUUAUGAAAAAGAAAAGGAUUUCGUGAUAAAACUCGCUGGAUAUUUCCAGGUCGCGUCUGGGGCCACUCAUACCAGUACUAUUGUUUAUGGUACCGAAAGUUUGCUUGUGAAGAGAUUUAACGAGACUACGUCACAGAAAGAUUUCCAAAAAAUAAUCAAUAAUCUUCCAUUCAAAGGAGGGAAGGCAAAUUUGGAUAAGGCGAUGCAUUUAGCCGCAACCGAAAUGUUCUCAGCAAAGAAUGGCAUGCGCCAAAAUGUUCCAAAAGUGCUUGUUGUCCUUAAUGAUGGUGCUCGAAAGGUCAUUACGCCGUUUGCACAAGAGAUCUCGUCCAUGCUAAGUAAACACGAGGUACGGGUUGUUGUCAUUGGAGUUGGUGAAGCGGAAAAGGAUCUAUUAUCUCAAAUUGUAACAUCGCCUGAAGAUUUGAUAAUGGUGGAGAAAUUUGAAAAUGCGACAACAAUGUUGGUUGCCUUACUCAAGCGCAUUUGUUUAAAACGUGACAGCAGUACAUGCCACGUUUUAAGAAAGAAAGUUGCUGAUUUGAAGAUCGGUGGAUGUGUCAGUGAAAAGCCAGUAGAGAUCGGCGUUUGUGGCGGACAUUGCUCUUCUUUUUCGAACUUUGUGAAACGAGAUGGAGUUUAUGAAAUGAAUUGUGGUUGCUGCAAAGCGAAUACCAAGGUUACGGUAAUCGUUGAUCUGAAGUGCAGUAUGAAUACAUACCAACCAUUUCACAUUCGGUCAGCAAAAUCCUGCACUUGUGAAUCUUGUGAAUCUGAUGAUUAGUGACGUAACUGUUAAAUGGUCACCCUCAGGUGGUAACAAACAAACUAUACAUUAGCUAUAUUGAAAUAUUAAUUUUGUAGUUAUAAUAUAUAUCAUGUAAAGGUAAAACAUGCUAAGUGUGUUCAUAUAUAACAUGGUGCUAAAUUUAGGUAGAUGUUAUCGAAAGCAUUUGGAACAGGUCUUAAAUCAUGCUCUUUGCUUACCAGUGAGUCGUCAAACCGGACGAGUUUCAGACUCUAAAACAGGACGAAACUGCGACCGGAAAAAUUAGAUGCAGUUCUAUAUAUAAAGAGAAAUUUCAGAUCAUUUCAGAUUCACAUGCAGUCAUCCAGUUUAGUAUACGUUGUAUCACUUGUAUGUAACGUAUAGAUAUUACUGAGCGAAAUUCAAAUGUCAAUCGAUGGUUAUAGAAUCAUGCAAGGACUUAAAACUUUGUGGGUAGUUUCAAAGGAGUAUGUCUUGUUAGGCUUGAAAAGUACACUUUUAGCUCAUAUAUUAAGUACCGUAUUCAUUUCUUUAUCCAGCGCAUACUAUACAUAGCAAGUGAAAUUUUCGUUGCCGAACAGCCAUGGGAUUUGAAGUUAUUACGAAUCAUACAGCGUCAUAUUCGAAUAUAUAUUUUCCAAUAAAUUCACAAUUGCUAUCUCAAUGAAUGAAUUAAUUAGGAACAGACACUUCCUGAAUUUGCUUGAAUGCACACAAAACAAUAGCUUGGAAACGAGGCAGGCCAUGAAAUCUAUUGUUUAUUGGCUGG